AUGGCGCCUAAAGGUGAUCUAAGUGGGAAGACGGUAUUCGUGGUCGGCGGAUCGAAGGGACUGGGAAAGGAGAUGUCGAAGGUUAUGGCUUCUCAAGGUGCUCAUGUAACUAUCUUUGCGCGAGGGCAGACAUCGCUCGACGAGGCCAAAGAUGAGAUUCUUGCUAGCAGAAGAGACGAAAGCCAGCAGGUUGCGGCAAUCGCUGCAGACCUUGGCAUACCUUCAACACCGACAAUUCCAGAUAUCGUGUACUGUGUUGCUGGCGGUACACCGUCGGAGUGCGGGUACUUGCUCGAUCUGCAGCCUGAGGUAUUCGAACGCUGUAUGAACAACAACUACUACUCAAGCCUGUACCCAGCGCAGGCGGCAAUGAAGCUGUGGAUUCAAGAUGACGAAGAUGCCGCGGUGCCAUCAAGCCCAAAGUUGAGGAAGAUUGUGUUCGUGAAUAGUUCCGCAUCACUUGUGCCGGCACCUGGCUACCUAGCAUACUCUGCCGCCAAAGCUGCUCAACGCUCGCUUGCCGACACCCUACGCAUGGAAGUAUUGAGGUACUCAGGCCGAAAGAGCACAUACGCUGUCCAAUGUAUCUUUGCGCACAACUUCAUCACGCCAACCUUUCUACAAGAGCAAAAGACUAAACCCGAACUUACCAAGCGCAUUGAAGGCACGUCGGGCGAGCUUCACGAGUUGGAGAAGCAAUUCCCUUACGCUGCGAAGAUUGCGCCCGAGAUUGUGGCAAAUGUCGCAAGCGGCGACUAUGCUGUAUGUGAUGGGAGAUUCGAUCCUCAGCUAUUGUGGGCGAAUGCUAUGGGUGCGAGUCCGCGGCGUGGAUGGGGUAUCGUGGAUACGCUGAUGGCUAUGUUCAUGCUUCUCGCGUGGCCAUUCGUGAGGCGCGAUAUGGAGAAGAAGUGCAGGGGUGAUGCGUUGGAUGCAAAAUAG